AUGGGAGGAUUUUCACGAUUGACGGCAUUGGCAGCGCUGGUACCUUAUGCCGCGGCUCAAUUCGUUCCUGCGCCGACCGACUUGAUCACCAAGAAAGGUCAUGCUGGUAUUAAUGUGCGUUAUAAGGAAGUGCCUGCCGGAAUCUGCGAGCAGGAUCCCGAUGUAAAAAGUUACUCGGGUUAUGCUGAUGUUGGGGAGAAUGAGCAUAUUUUUUGGUGGUUUUUUGAGACCAGAAAUGGAGAUCCUUCAGAAGCGCCACUGACAGUUUGGAUCAAUGGUGGGCCCGGCUCAUCUUCAAUGAUUGGAUUAUUCCAGGAGCUAGGUCCAUGUGGAGUUGACUACGAGGGAAAUGUAUACAACAACCCUCAUUCAUGGAGCAACGUGAGCAAUAUGAUCUUUAUUGAUCAACCCACUACAACCGGCUUCUCAUAUACAAUCCCCAUCCCGGGCUACCAGGACGACGAAGGCUAUAUCAUCGAGUUGCCCAACACCACAUGCCCAGACUAUGCCCAGCAAUACGGGACCUGCGGUACGUAUUCCAAACCUGACAUUGCACUGGUUCCAAAUACAACACAGGGUGCUGCUCCAAACAUGUGGAAGACCUUGCAAGGAUUCAUGGGUGCAUUCCCUCAGUACUCAAAGAACGGCUUCAAUUUCGCUACAGAGAGCUAUGGAGGUCACUAUGGCCCAGUCUUCAACACCUACUUCCUGGAGCAGAAUGCCAAAAAGAUCCCCGGUGCAAUCGAUAUCGAACUUGAAAACGUAUUCAUCGGUAAUGGCUGGUUCGAUCCCUUGAUCCAGUACCAGGCAUAUUACAAUUUCUCCGUGUCCCCUGGUAACACAUACGACUAUGAUCCAUAUAACUCAACUAUAAAGGCGGAGUGGUAUAACAACCUCUAUGGAAAGGGAAACUGCGUUGAUCAAACUCUGGAAUGUUACGCCACCGGUCGGAAUGAUAUCUGCUCCGCAGCAGACGACUUUUGCGCGGAUAAAGUCGAGUCGCUUUACGAUAUCUACUCGGGGCGCGACGAAUAUGACAUGCGUGAGCUGAGCUCUGAUCCGUUCCCUUACGUGUUCUAUGUGGACUAUCUCAAUUCCCCGAAGGUUCAAGCGGCGAUCGGCGCAUACCAGAAUUUCUCCGAGUCGUCUAAUACUGUCGGUACUGCCUUUGGAAGUACUGGAGAUGAUGACCGUAUGUCUGGCACAAUAGGAGAUGUGAAGAAGUUGAUAGAAUCUGGAGUCCAGGUGGUUAUGUAUUUCGGCGAUGCUGACUACAACUGCAACUGGCUUGGCGGCCAAGUUAUCGCAAAGGAGAUUAACGCUCCUGGUUACGAAGAGGCAGGUUUCGUAAACCUCACCACUUCGGAUGGGAUCGUUCACGGACAAGUCCGACAGAGCGACUUGUACACUUUUGUUCGAAUUUAUGAAUCUGGCCACGAAGUGCCAUUCUAUCAGCCUCUGGCUGCAUUGUCAUUCUUUGAGAGGGGACUCUCUAGGAAGGAUAUCGCCACCGGAAAGAAGAAGAUGACACAGCAUGGAGGCUAUCGAACUGUGGGAACCCCUACAAGCGAUUACCGAGAGGGGAAUAGCACGAUCGAUUUCAAGGAUCUUCCAAGUAAUGCUACAUAUAACACCACACUUAAUGGACCCAAUCCAUAG